UCUUGGCAUGCCAUCCUUAUCUCUUUUACACAGCCGCAGACACGGUUCUUGCGAUUUCGGCGCCUAUUCAAACACGAAUAUUGUCAUCACUGUAAAUCUAGUAUCAAACAUGUCUUAUAACGAUAUUUCUGAUGAUGAAACUUUAGACGAAACACCUCUUGCUGUUAUUCAAAGGAGUCGUGUUCGACAGAGAGAAGCACGUCAUUUAAGAGAUUUGAUACAAGACAGCGAGCACGAAGACUGUCAAAGCGAGGAUGAUGGAAGUACGGAUGAAUUCCUGGCAGCAAGUCCUGAUAUCCUUCAUCAGAAUUCAUCCACAUCAAGACAAAUAAAUCAAACACCAGUCCGGAACAGGAUGAAUACACCAAGCACUAGUAGUAUUAAUACACCAAGCACUAGUAGUAUUAAUACACCAAGCACUAGUAGAAUAAAUACACCAAGCACUUGUUGUAUUAAUACACCAAGCACUAGUAGUAUUAAUACACCAAGCCGGACAAGUGGUAUUAAUACACCAAGGACAAGUGGUGUUGGCAGCGCUGGUAGCAGUGGUCCUUGUAGAGAGUCCAGUACACCAAAUGCAAGACCCAUGCAUACCAGUUCCAAUGAUAUUCACAGUCUUGGUCAAAGAGAAUUAUUGAUAAGAAUAUUUGAGAGGCAGGGGGAAAUAUUACAGCGACUGAGAGCACAGACAGGACAUGAAAGCAGCUCUGCUAAAUCUAAAGAAAAUUUAGUAGUUCCAAUAGGAGUUAAGAAUGCUGUGAAACAAGGGUACAAAGAUGGAGAAGAAAAAGGUCUCAGCUGGAGAUUUGAAGGAAAAAGAGUUAGUGAUGCAGUAAACAAAGAUAUGACGUCGCAUAUCGUUACCUUUGUUAAAGGCUGGAAUCCAGCAUACAAUGACAUCACCGUAUUGAAUUGUGCCAUGGCAAGAUAUUUUUUAACAAAGAAGCAGCAGCAAUCUGCUAUAAGCAAAAACAAGUAUGAGGGUGAAAAGAGAAAAAGAGCUCUAUAUGAAAGGAAAAAGGAGAAAGCAAAAAGAAGACUCAUAGCUCUUGAGAAGUAUGACAUAGGUGCAGACAAAAAGGCAAAGAUAACAGAGGCUUUAAAACCAACUUACAUGUCGUCUGAUGAAGAAGGCCAAGAGGGUUUUAUAACCCAUCAACCAUCUUGGCAGUCUUCAAAAUUUAAGGAGUACAAGGCAAAAUUGGAUGGGGCAUAUUUAGAUAUAUGCUCCACCAAGAGCAGGCGACUAUUACAGAGCCGUGUAAUAGGGGAUGUGAACAUUAAAGACACCCCAGAUGUUGGGGUUACAUUAAAGUGGAUGAUAAAAGAUAAUUAA